AUGCUCAAUUCUGAGCAACGUCGUCAACUUUUUCUCGCACUAAUCAAUGCCGAUCCAACUUUGCCUAACGUGCUAAAUUCUGAACGACGUCGUCAGUUAUAUGCUGUGUUAGUUGCUAUCGAUCCUGCUCUUGUACAACCACUUUUAGAUUCAUGUAGUGCUGUUCGUGGGAUUAUUAAUGAACAACCUCUAUCCCGACAACCAAAGGAAAAAGCUAAAGAAGUAAUUAAAGAAAAUGUUCGACCUCCUGUUCGAAAACAUAAUACAAGCCAUACUCAAAUUGAAAGUGUUCUCAAUCAAGAUAGCGUGGAUGAGAUGACUGACCAUACAAGAGAUUCUGACACUUCUACUCUUGUGACUAAUGCACAAAAAGAGAUUAAUCAAGCCAAAAAAAAGAAAAUUGCUGGUACAAAAACAAAAAAACAUGCAUUACCAUUACCAAAGAAGAAUGCUCGACGUCUUGUUCAAAAAUACACAAAUCAUAUCGAUAUAGAAAGUAUGUCUAAUCAAGAAGACACACAUGAAAUGACUAAUCAAACCAAAGAUUCUGUCACUUCGAAUCUUGAAUAUAAUAUACCGAGAGAAGAUCAUAACAUUGAAAAUACUGAUCAAGAUAGCACA